AUGGAUCAGCCUCAAGCAAAUGAACAUUCGCCUAAUGCGGAGGACUUCACAGACCUUGAAGCCGAAGAGAAGGCCCCUGCCACGGUCGAGUUGAUAGCCCACGAUGUCUCGAAUGAUAGAGGCAAAGAGGACGACACAGAUCCUUCUCAGAAGCUUCAAGGCCUUCAUAUCGGCGACAGUGCGCCCGGUACCGCCGACACUUCCCAGCUGCAGAAGCCCCUCCCUUCGACGCCGCCUUUUCUUCCUCAACCAGUAGCUACAGCCUCAGAGCCCUACCGAGACCCGACACCCAAGACUCCCACAAUAUCGAGACAUCCUUCUACAAAGGCACCGGAGGUUAGCUAUAAUGAGAAACACUCGGGCUAUAUUCAAGAUCCUCCAACUGGUGGUGCCAGCGCUGCAGGAGAGAAACCCGGGCAAGAUAACGAUGCCGAGUCAGCUUCAGAAAUCCAGAGUAUCAUGGAUCAAUUCGAUGAUGCCACUUUGGCGCCAUCAAAGGAAGACAUAAUGUCUCCCAGGCACGAAAUGACGGGGCCGAUACUAGGAAUGGGUUCUCACUUUCCGCCCCGGAGGCCUAGUCUGGACCAUAUUCGAUCAAGAGACAUGGACCUGAUAGCAUCAUCACCAGUCGCAGCUAAUUCAGAGAAGCCUCUGCCUUCUCCUCCGUCAGAUUCUGCAGAGAACGAAAAGGAAGCAUUGAGAAGCCCCUCGCUGAAAGGGGCCGCCUCGACGAGUUCUUUACUACAACAGCCACCACCUCCUGAACCAGAGCCAGAAUUACCAUUUGAUUUUCAUCGGUUUUUGGAACAACUUCGACAUAAAUCUGCAGACCCAGUAGCGAAGUUCCUGCGUUCGUUCCUGACCGAGUUUGGCAAGAAGCAAUGGAUGGUGCACGAACAAGUCAAGAUCAUAGGCGAUUUCCUGGCCUUCAUCACGAACAAGAUGGCUAUCUGUGAUGUUUGGCGUGAAGUCUCUGACAACGAAUUUGACAACGCCAAAGAAGGCAUGGAGAAGCUCGUCAUGAACAGGCUUUACUCACAAACAUUCUCACCAGCAAUCCCUCCGCCUCCAUCACUACCUGCCCGGUCGCGAUCAAGGGGUCGGCGGAAAGAGCAAGAGAAGAGCCUGGGUGUAGGUAGACGUGGUCAACAUCAAGAAGACGUCGAACGCGAUGAAAUCUUGGCCCAAAAGAUACGCAUUUACAGCUGGAUUCGUGAGGAGCAUCUGGACCUAGCCCCUGUUGGUCCGAACGGAGAGAGAUUCUUGAGAUUGGCCCAGCAAGAAUUGCUCAAGAUGAAAGGCUAUCGAGCGCCAAGGGACAAGGUCAUUUGCAUCCUGAACUGCUGCAAGGUGAUAUUUGGUCUGCUCAAGAACGCAAAGAGCUCAGACACGUCGGCCGACUCUUUUGUGCCGCUGCUGAUCUACGUCGUGCUGCAAGCGAAUCCUGAAAACCUGGUGUCGAACGUUCAGUAUAUCCUACGGUUCCGGAACCAGGACAAACUCGGCGGCGAGGCAGGGUAUUACCUCUCAUCCUUAUCCGGGGCGAUUCAGUUCAUUGAGAACCUGGAUCGCACAACUCUGACUGUCAGUGACGAGGACUUUGAACGGAACGUCGAGCUUGCAGUGUCGGAAAUUGCCGCCCAAAACCGUGAAGCCGAGGCGAUGAGCCCUCGUGCGUUGUAUCGAGAGAAAUCCAGCAUUGCCGAGCCAGAACUGACCCCAAGAAACUCGAUGGACGUCACGUCGAGCAGUCCUAUACGGAGAGAUCCCAGACGCAUGAACAGUAGUUCCGAAGGUGGUGGUGAAGAAGGAGUAUCUAGCAUUCUACGAUCUAUCCAGAAGCCUCUCUCCACGAUUGGUCGGAUAUUCUCGGACCAAGAUACCUCACAGGAGCCGAGUGCAGCUCCGAGUCCCACUCCACAGCAGCAGCAGCAGCAGCAGCAGCAGCAGCAGCAAGGAGCUCAUCUGAGUCCAUCAGUGUUCCAACAGGUCAGUGCUGAUGGCAGCAGAAUGCCUCCUUACGACGCGCAAGAAGCAGCCGCGAGACAGGCAAGUGCAGAGGCAGCGGAAGCACGACGAAUCCAACGUCAGGAGCAUAGGACUGUCGUUGAGACGUUGUGUGGCAUGUUUCCAAACCUCGACAAGGAGGUUAUUGACGAUGUCGUCCGGCAGAAGGAAGGUCGAGUCGGUCUUGCAGUUGAUGCUUGUUUGGCUUUGACUGCUGGAAGUUAG